AUGGGCAACGGCCAAGGAAAGCCCGUCGACCUCAACGGCGAAGUUAAUCUUAAUCACUUUCGUUUGUUGCGAGUCGUCGGUCGAGGUGCCUUCGGAAAGGUACGAAUUGUCGAGCGAAAGGAUACAAACCUCUCCUUCGCUCUUAAAUAUAUCCGAAAAGAUGAAGUUGUACGAUCUGAGAGUGUGCGUAACAUCAUCCGAGAACGUCGAAUGCUGGAAUAUGUCAACCAUCCUUUCAUCUGUAACUUGAGAUACAGUUUCCAGGACAUUGAAUACAUGUACCUUGUGGUUGAUUUGAUGACUGGUGGAGACUUGCGGUUCCACAUUUCGAGAAAGACCUUCACCGAAGAGGCUGUUAGAUUUUGGAUUGCCGAGCUUGGAUGCGCCUUGCGAUAUGUACACAGCCAGAACAUUAUACACCGCGAUAUCAAGCCUGACAAUGUGCUACUCGACGCCGAUGGCCACGUCCAUUUGACAGAUUUUAACGUUGCUUCUGAUGUCAUUCCUGGCAGGACGCUUACAAGCAAAUCUGGUACACUGGCUUACCUUGCACCUGAAGUAUACGCUGGUAAAGGAUAUGACGUUCGAGCAGAUUGGUGGUCUUUAGGUGUCUUAUUUUACGAAUGCAUCUAUAACAAGCGACCAUUCGAAGGCGGCUCAGAGGGAUCCCUUAGUCAACAGAUCCAGGCUGCUUCGCCCAAAUACCCCGUAACACAGCCACCUGUUUCCCUCUCUUGCCUCUACGCGAUUGGCUCCGCCCUCGAUCCGAACCGUGACACUCGAAUGGGAUCGACGUGGGAAAGUUUCAUUUACAACGAGUUCUUCAAGUGCCUCGAUUUCGAGCUUCUUGAACUAAAGCGGAUUGAGCCGAUAUUCGUUCCUUCGUCAGAAAAGACCAACUUUGAUGCUACCUACGAUCUUGAAGAGCUACUGUUAGAAGAGGCUCCACUUGAGGCUCGCGCAAGACGACAGAAACCACGAGAACGCCUAAAGGAUGAUGCAACUGAGAAGGAGAUCCGAGAAGAUGAACUGUACCGCAUGAUCGAGUCGGAUUUCAAGCCUUUCGACUACACAGUAGCCGCCUAUAAAAGAAUUACCGAGGGCGCUGGUUCUACCGAGGAAGGUUCUCAAGCUACAGACAAUGCUCCCCAGGCAAUCACAACCGACGAAGCGACACCUGUGCCCGCAGCUAACGGAGGCUACCAGUCAUCACCUCUUAACCCAAGUACCAGCAACGAAAGUCGCACAGGACGUCCAGUACGUCCCGCUCCACCACCUCCACUACAGAACAAUUUCCAAACUCGCCAUGUUCCGAUUGUUGCUGGUCAGCGAAUGACGAGUCCUACUGGAGGUGUGCAGGUGACUCUGGAUGGUAGUGGUAGCUGGUCUGAGCUGGCUCGUCAGGAUGCAACCUUGCCCACGGACGCUAAUAAUAUUGGCGACGGCAAGAGCGAAGGCUCUGGUGGCAUGUUUGGAUUCCUGAAGAGCAAGAAGGGCCGCACAAAUAGCCCCAAGCCAAAGGAGAGAGGUGUGCUAGGCAAGGAAGGCGCAAGAGUUGUCAUCGGUUAG